AAUUUAAAAGAACAAGUGAAGGAGACGCGAACAGGAAGAGAGAAAAAAAACCUGUCUAGGAAAUGAGAAUACAAAGACAGAAGUGCAAGUGGUUGGUGUUAAACAAUGUCAUGAGAGAGAGCGACUGAGGUGUGCAGGCAAGAAUGCCAGCAGGUUUGACUGAAUAGACAACAAAUAUACUUGAGAGGGAGGAGGAAGUGAUUCAAGUUGAUGAAAAGAAUCAGAUCGUUAAAAAGCAAGUGAAACUUUGGAUACUGACUACAGCUGGAAUAUGGGUGAGUCCAGUAUCUGCCAGGUGAGAGCAACAGUCAUGCUGUAUGAUGACAUCAAAAAGUGCUGGGUGCCGGCAGGAUCUGACAGUCAUUCCUUCAGCCGUGUCCAGAUUUAUCACAACCCCAUGGCCAACACCUUCAGAGUGGUGGGCCGCAAACUGCAGGCUGACCAGCAGGUUGUGAUCAACUGUCCCCUUAUCAAAGGGAUGAAGUACAAUCAAGCCACACCAAGCUUCCACCAGUGGCGGGAUCCCAAACAGGUGUGGGGGCUGAACUUUGGCAGUAAAGAGGAUGCUGCUCUUUUUGCUAACUCCAUGAUGCAUGCAUUAGAGGCUGUCAAUGCACCGGCGGGCACAGGCGCAGCUCAGGAUGGACUCUCUGCCCAAGAGCUGGAACACCAGAGAAGACUAGAGUGUCAGAGGCAGGAACAGCUGGAGAAGGAGCGUCUGGAGAGAGAGAGGCAGACCUCCGCUGCUGCAUCUGCCCCUCCUGCUCCUUCUGCCCCACCAGCAGCUCCACCCGCCCCACCAGCACCCCCACCACCUCCAGGCCCACCGCCUUCUUCUGGACUGUGCCCACCGGCACCUCCACCACCUCCUCCUGGGGGCAUGAUCCUACCUGCACCACCCCCGCCUCCUGCUGGAGGAAGUGGAGGUGGAGGGGGAAACAAUCUGGCUGCAGCUCUGGCAGGAGCCAAACUGCGUAAAACAGUCAAGGAUGAGUUAGAAACAGCCCCAGUCCCCAAACCAGCAUCCUCAUCUGGAGGAGGAGGAGGUGGAGGUGGUGGUCUAAUGGGAGAAAUGAGUGCCAUCCUUGCUAGGAGGAGGAAAGCUGCUGAUAAUCCUGCUGCAAAAAAGGUAGAACCUUGCAUUGAGGACUCUGACUGCUCAGUAUCAAAAUUCUCAGGACCACGAGAAAUCAAUGGAAAGCCCAAGGAAAAAUCUGCCACCAUGCCAAGGCCCAAAUCCUUAACCAACAAUCAAAGGGACUCCAGCCCAAGUCCCAGCUCCUCCACUUCUCCCUCCUCUAACUCUGCCACUACCGCUGUGUCCAGAAUGAAAGUGGUGAAAAAGGACUCAGAUGGUGCAGGAAGUGAUAUUGAUAUGGAACGAAUCAAACAGGAAAUUCUUGAAGAAGUGAAAAAAGAACUUCAAAAAGUGAAGGACGAGAUUAUCACAGCACUGAUCCAGGAGCUGCAAAGUGCACAGCCAAAGGGUGAAGUCUCCUGAAAGACUGAAGAUGGAUCAAGAGAAUAAUGAAUACAUGUGACUGAAAUUGUGUUAUUUUUACAAAGUCAAAAUAUGCAAGUCAAUGUAUUAAUCUCUGUUUAUCAUCAUGUCUUCUUCAUAUUUUCCUGUGGUACAGUUUGUAGCCUGAGUGAUACUGGAAUUUUGAGGCUGAUACCGAUGCCGAUAUUGAUAUUUAAAAAGUAACAAAAAUCUGAUAAUGAUAUAUAUGGGCUGAUAUUAUUUUUUUUAUAUGAACACAUACCAUGCACAAACAUUUUUGAUAAGAAUGCCUCGAAUUUGUUUUUUAAAGAAUUAUGACUACAAUAUGUGCUAAGCAGGGCAUAUUGCAGUUGAAAUAUAAACUCUCUCUGUC